AUAGUAUCAAGUUCUAUUUAAAGAGUUAAAGAAUUUCCAACUUUUUGAAAAGGAAACUACACUUCUUGCUUAAAAGGACAAAAUGUUUCAUGUUCCAAACUAUCUGCAUAAUGCUUCAAAUCGUCUUUCCCAAACUCUGUCCGAGGUUGGUGUCAAUGAUGAUAUGAGAUUUGUAAGACAGAAAACCAACCUGCUAAUGGAAAGAAUGGAUUGUCUGAGAAGUACAGUAUGUUGCCAUGAUUCUCUUGUCUACUAUUUCGGGAGUCAAACAGAAGGUUCAACAACAGUAGGGCUUGGAUCCGACAAGGACAAGUUAAUGUGUACAACAAGAGUCAAUGUCGUACAAAAUAUUGCUGAAUGUAUAGAAGGUAAAUGUAAUCUUCUCAUUGUGGAAAACGAAGAUACACCCCCUGGCUAUUGUUAUCUAAAACUUUUCGAUCUUGGACCUAGGAGUUUUUAUGAUAAAUUUGGAUAUGACCAGCGUGGAAAUUGCUUCUUACAGAACACCUUUCUGCAUGAUAUUCCAGCAGACGAAGAGUUAGGUAGUGUCAGACAAGGGCCGGCACAGACUAUUGAACAGUUUGAUAUAGAUCAUGUAAGGGCUUUUAGAUGUAAAUCAUGGCCAAAUAUGGCCAGACGAUUGGUACAACGCAAUCGUCCUCACAAUCGAUGGCCGUAUGAUCACAUGUUAAAAUAUUCUCACCAGACCGGAUGUUUUGUUGUUCCGACAGGAAAUAGUCUGAGUGAAAACGAAAAAUAUGAGUGGCGCAUUUCAACUUCACAAGCAGAGAGAUGCUACAUGUUUAACAUGAAUAUAACGCAACUCCGAUGUUACACCGCGUUGAAAAUUAUCAUGAAAACCAUUAUUCGACCAUUAUUAGGUGCAGCGCUCACAAGUUUCCAGUGCAAAUCAAUGAUGAUGAACCUCUUGGAAAAUCUCAACAUUCAAGAAUGGACGGACGACAGAUUGAUUGAAUGUUUAAUUUCAUGUCUGGUUUUGUUGAAAGCCUGUGUUGCAAGUAAUAACUGUCCACACUAUUUCAUUCCGAAAAACAAUUUACUAGUCGGGCGAAUAGAUCGAAGAGGUAGAAGUGAUAUCAUUCAAGAACUCGGUGAUUUGAUUAAUGAUGGAUGUCGGAAACUUCUUUCUGUUCAAGUGGACGGUAUUGGUGAAAAAUUUACGAUGAAAUUUUAUUCUUUUCUUGGCUACAGUUUCCAGUUUGACCCAACCGUUCCUCGUGAUUCAAACAAAGCUCAACUGAUCGUAUUUUGCCAGUUAUUCCGGCGAUUGUUUGCCGCAAAAAUGAUGUUUGUUCACUUGAUUUCCAUCGAAGGCAUUCAAGAUGGAUCAAAGGCCCUACCGACAGUGGUUGGAAAUCUUUUAGCUUUGAAUUUCGUUGGCAAUAAAACGGCACCAGAAGCAGCUACGUUAAUGAACUCGGUCCUGUGUUCAACAGUUGGGUCUAUGAUAGCAUCUUCAGAUAUCUUUGACGGAAAUGCCCCUACGCAAGAUGCAAUGAAAUUUCUCAAUAUGGGUAUUUCCUCUGAUAUGGCAGCAGGAAGACUAAAACUGGCCUCAGUUCUUUACUGUGCCGGAAAAAUCAAUGAUGUUGAGAAAAUACUUAACGACAUCGAAAGUCGCUACGGUAAUGACACUGUAAUGACAGUUUGUAACUGCAGGAGUACAGAUCCUUGGAAUGCUGAAGAUUCUAUUCCAGAUGAAGUCACAAUGUCUGACACGGACACCUUUGGGAAACUUCGCUUUGCAUCCGGAGUUAGCUUUAAUAGACACGAAAUUCACUGCGUUCCUGUGCCACUGCAGUAUGAAAUGUUUAGGUGUACUGAUGAGGAAAUUAAAUGUAGAGGAGAUAUAUUGUAUGGUUGGAACGAUUGGGCUGUUGUUGAUGCCUUGCCAUUUCUUUACUUCUUGCAGUAUCUCACAUUCAAACAAUUGGGAAAGGAGAACGAAAUAGAGAAUGCAUUAGACAGAUUGGCAGAGAUUAUUGUUUCUGAGCCGAUGCUUUUUCAUAGGGAAACAGCAAUGAAUCUGCUCGGACAGUGUAUGGAAAUGGAAGGACAUACAGACUUUGCGUUUGUUUGCUAUAGUUGGUCCCUAAAUGAGUGCGACACACACAACGUGGCCAGAUGGCAUGCGUGCAUCUUGUUAUGGAAGUUGUU